UGGUGUGUUGUGAAAGAGAAGGCAGUGUGUGAUUGCGGAUCAGACAAACACACGCGCGCGCGCCACCAGCUACUAUCAACACGCGCGCGCGUUUCAGCUGCCUUCACUUCUGACUGAGUGACUGUCACGCGGAAUCGCUGCUUACCUGUGCCUUUACCUUUAUACGGACAUAAAAUGAAAGAUUUGGCCAUGACCAAGGAGGCAGGAGUGUGGGUGUAGCUGUUGCAGUGGAGCAAGAUAUUGCAAACACCGUCCUUUACUCCCACAGAUCAGAUGAUGGGUGAAGCUGAAGAUGAGAAGAACCGGACUGGACGGCUGUUUGAGAACUUUGUCCAGGCCACGGACUGUAAAAGCACUCUGCAGGCCUUCAAUAUUUUGUGCGGUUCCCUGGAGCUGGACCCUCUGGAGCACAGCAGCUUCUACGGCAGCCUGAAGAGCUCGCUGACCUGCUGGAAAGCCAAAGCUCUGUGGAGUAAACUGGACAAGAGAGCCAGCCAUAAAGAGUACAAGAAGGGCAGAGCAUGUGAGGGCAUUAAGUGCUUGAUAAUUGGAGGAGGCCCCUGCGGCUUGCGGACGGCCAUCGAGUUAGCUUUCCUCGGAGCCAAAGUGGUGGUGAUAGAGAAGAGAGACACGUUCUCCAGAAACAACGUCCUGCAUCUCUGGCCCUACACCAUUCAUGACCUCAGGGCUUUGGGAGCCAAGAAGUUCUAUGGAAAGUUCUGCGCUGGAGCGAUUGACCAUAUCAGCAUUCGGCAGCUCCAGCUCAUGCUCCUGAAAAUCGCUCUGAUUCUUGGUGUGGAGUUUCAUGUUAAUGUGGAGUUCGUCAAGCUGGCUGAGCCUCCAGAGGACCAGGAGAAUGAAGGGCCGGGCUGGAGGGCAGACAUUCGGCCUGCCGAUCACCCUGUGGCCGACUUUGACUUUGAUGUGGUGGUGGGAGCCGAUGGAAGAAGAAAUUCUUUAGAAGGGUUUAGGAGGAAGGAGUUUCGUGGGAAACUGGCUAUCGCCAUUACGGCAAACUUUACCAACAGAAACACCACAGCUGAGGCAAAGGUGGAGGAGAUAAGCGGAGUCGCGUUCAUCUUUAACCAAAAAUUCUUUCAGGAUCUUAGACAGGAAACCGGGAUUGAUCUAGAGAACAUUGUUUACUACAAAGACAACACACAUUACUUUGUCAUGACUGCUAAGAAGCAAAGUCUGCUGGACAAGGGUGUCAUCAUUCAUGAUUAUAUCGACACUGAGGCACUUCUGAACAGUGAGAAUGUAAACCAAGAGGCUUUGCUAGUGUAUGCACGUGAGGCAGCCGACUACGCCACACACUACCAGCUGCCCACCCUAGAUUACGCCAUGAACCACUGCGCGCAGCCGGACGUGGCCAUGUUCGACUUCACCAGCAUGUACGCAUCCGAAAACGCCGCUCUGGUCAGGGAGAGGUUUGGUCAUAGUGUGCUGGUGGCUCUAGUGGGAGACAGUCUUCUUGAGCCCUUCUGGCCAAUGGGGACAGGCUGUGCCCGAGGCUUCCUUGCAGCUUUUGACACGGCUUGGAUGGUGAAAAGUUGGGCGCAGGGCAGAAAUCCACUGGAGGUGCUGGCAGAGAGGGAGAGUCUGUACCGAUUGCUACCUCAGACAACACCAGAAAACAUUGCCAAAAACUUUGAUUUGUACACCAUAGACCCUGGAACUCGAUAUCCAAACCUGAAUUCAAACUGUGUGCGGCCACACCAGGUCCGCAACAAUUAUAUCUGUGGCGAGAUGAAGCUGUGCUCUCUGGAACGAGCCUCCACCAUCCGACGUCCUGUCAACUUGGCUAGGAGAGAGUCUGAGAUCAGACCGGGUCGGUUGCUGACGUGGUGUCAGAAGCAGACUGAGGGCUACAGGGAUGUGAAUGUGACUGACCUUACUUCCUGCUGGAGCAAUGGCCUGGCUCUCUGUGCGCUCAUCCACCGCUUCAGACCGCAGCUCAUUGAUUACGACUCUCUGAAUGAGCAAGACUGUGCCAGAAACCUUCAGCUGGCAUUUGAUGUGGCCGAGAAGGAGUUUGGCAUUAAGCCGUUCAUCACAGGGAAAGAGCUGGCCUCGGGUCAGGAGCCGGACAAAUCCAGCAUGAGCAUCUACCUCUCCAAAUUCUACGAGCUCUUCCGUGGAACACCUCUACCUCCUUCAGAUUCAAAGCGAGAUGACGAUGCAAAUAAUGAAAAAUGUCCAUCAGGCUCUCCCAAAUCUGUUUACAAAUCACUGAGUUUACAGCCCCGUAAACGCAUACCAAAGAAUGAUAAAAAGGUUGAAGACACUGAUGCCAUAUCUAAGAGAAGGCGGAAAUUAAAUUACUUGGAAGAGACAACCAAAUCCUACAAUCAGAGCUCUUCUGUAUCCAGCGAGGGGAGGGAACUCAAGGAAAACAAGGUCAAGUUCAUGGCCACUCAACUUCUAGCCAAAUUCGAAGACAGUACAGCAAGCUGCUCUCUUCGCAGACAGUCUGACUGUAAUGGUGAGAGGCCUCCUAGACCUCCAUCGCUUGAUAUGACUGAUAGUUCCUUCUUUAAUAUUAUCAAGAAGAAGGUUCCUCCGCCGCCACCUCCUAAAAAACAGUUUCCAUCCAUUGCCCUUGUGCAACACAGCGAUGAGUCUUCAGAUCCUCUGUUCCUCUCGCUUCAUUCCAGUCCUCUGAAUCCACGGAGGAAACCACUUCACCCGUCACACACACACACACAUGCUCAACCACCUCACACAGAGUCAGACACAGAGAGCUCAGGAAGCCGCACAGCAGUGCUGGCUGUGACCGCGAUGCUCCAGCGCCUCCAGAGGGUGGAAGAAGAGAUCAGCCAGAGGAAAGCCCAGACUCAAAAGGCCAGGGAGUUUCACAAAAAAAGCAUAAAGGAGAAGGCUGUGCAUUUGAGCGCUCUGUUCUCUGGCGAGGCCUCCGCUCCUGAUCAGACGGAUAGAUCUCAGACUGGGCUGUUAGACAAGCAGCUUCAUGAAGAGAAGAGAGAGUCAGCAAAAAGAUUACUGCAGCCAUCUUCUUCUAUCCACCUCCCUUCUCCCAAUCCAUUGACCACCACUUCAUAUCCUCUAACACAAUCCACUGCUACUUCCUGUCCUCCACCUAUCCUUUCUUCCUGUCCAUCUUUUCCAAUCCAGCAGACCAGUUCUUCCACUGUCCACCAUCAUUCUAACUCCAUAAUAUUUCACCCCAUCCCAGAAUGCACUGCUCCUAUUCACCUUUCCUUUUCCUUCUCUUCUGCUUUCUCAUUAAGCAGUAAAUCAAAGUCUGAAACAUGCAGUGGCGUAAAUAUGCAAAGACAAUCAGAAAGUAGCUCUCAAAUGUGUGACAGCUGCAGUAGCAUAUCAUCCUUUACUGUGAGAAAACAAACAGAUGUUCCUCAGUCAAAUGAAGACUUGAGUGCUACUAAACAGCGCACAGUGGGCAAAGUGUCUCUGAGAGUGGGUGCUAGAGCCGACGCUCUGGUUACCCUGUAUGAAAAUGAUCAUAGACCUCAGACAAGCAGCUCUGGCACUCCGCCUUCCAUAAAGAGAGAGUUUCCUCAGACUCUGGGCGAUGUGUGUCAUGCCUGUAAGAAGCGUGUGUUUGUGGUGGAGAGACUCAGCGCAGAGGGAUUUCACUUUCACCGGGAAUGUUUCCGCUGUGAGACCUGCAGAGCUCCGCUACGUCAGGGAGGACACUGCUUCCAUUCUGAGGAAGGAAAGUUGUACUGCAAACUCCACUUUGCUCAAAGGAAAUCCUUAGUGAAAAAUGGAAGAACAGAAACUCUACAUACGACGUGUAAUGACGGCUCUCACCAUGGCUCAAGCUGGACUCCAGAGAGCCAUGAGGAUCAUCUCCAGGCUGAGUCCGCAGGUAUCUUGUCCUGUGUGAAGAGAAGCCUGUGCUGGCCGCUGCACGUCAGCCAGACUGUGUGUGCUGUGCCGCGUCGUGUGUGUACAUGGCUGCAUGGUAAAGUGUCGGCCGCUCGAGUCCACCUGAUGGACAACGCUGGCGAUUACGCCUUCCUGUACGAGCUGCUCAGCGUGGGUCUGCCUCUGCUGGCCAUUCUCCAUGAACAGCUGCUGCAAAUGUAUGCCGAGGCUGAACCGUUCAAUCUCCAGCCUCUACAGCACUGGCUGGAGGAGCACAUGGGCCACUGGGUCUUAGCGUGAUACAUAGGUUUAAUAUGGAAGUGGACAAUUGUUCAGAAAACACACAUUGAACAACCUUGAGAUAAAAAGUAGCAGUUGUGUUUCGAUGAACAAAAACAGUCUGAACUUGAGAGAUUCAGACUGUGAAAAUGAACCGCUCGGUUUGGAGUGUGUGCAAAUUACCAAAGCCUUACUCAGUUGACCUUAUGCACAGUUAAUGUAGAUUUUGAUGAGCCAGUAAUGCAAAAAAAUGCUCUUAAUUAGAGUUUCUGUCUUGUUUCUAGUCUAAAUAUAUUUUUAAAAAAUCUUAAAUCUAGAAGCUAUUUCUAGACAAGUGAAAAAUACUGUUUUAUUUAGGGAUAUAAUAUGUCAACAUAGGCUCAUUCUGAAAACGUAGCCCUAUAUACAUUUCUGGAGAUCACUAAUUAUGUAGCCAGAAGUACGUAUGGCAUGCUUUUCAUCUUUAAAACAAACGUUACGGGGCGAUAUGAUGCCGUUUUUUUUUCACGCUUACAAGCUGACCACUUACCUCAGUAUGGACAGCUUUCCCGCUGAAACGAAGAACAGUUCUAGAAAGAAGGUAAGACAAAAACAGAAGCCAAAAAAUAAAAUAAACAUUAACA